GAGAAGCCAUUUUCAUGUUCGGAAUGUGGGAAAUGUUUUAGUAACAAAUCAAUUCUUGAGGUACAUCAGAAAAUUCACACAGGAGAGAAGCCAUAUUCAUGUUCAGAAUGUGGGAAGUGUUUUCGUCUGAAAGCACAUCUUGUGAGACAUCAGAGAAUUCACACAGGGGAGAAGCCAUUUUCAUGUUUAGAAUGUGGGAAAUGUUUUAGUCGGAAAUCAGAUCUUGUUGAACAUCAAAAAACUCACACGGGAGAGAAGCCAUUUUCAUGUUCGGAAUGUGGGAAAUGUUUUAGAAACAAAACAAUUCUUGAGAGACAUCAGAGAAUUCACACCGGGGUUAAGCCAUUUUCAUGCCCUGAAUGUGGGAAAUAUUUUAAUGAUAAAUCAAAUCUUAAUUCACAUCUGAGAAAUCACACAGUAGAGAAGCCAUUUUCAUGUUCAGAAUGUGAAAAGUGUUUUAAUUUGAAAGCACAGCUUGAUAAACAUCUGAAAACUCACACAGGAGAGAAGCCAUAUUCGUGUCCUGAAUGUGAGAAAUGUUUUAGUUAUAAAUCAAAUUUUGUGGAACAUCAAAGAAUUCACACAGGAGAGAAGCCAUUUUCUUGUCCCGAAUGUGAGAAGUGUUUUAAUAAUAAAUCAAGGCUUGUGCAACAUCAGAGAAUUCACACCGGAGAGAAGCCAUUUUCUUGUCCCGAAUGUGAGAAGUGUUUUAAUAAUAAAUCAAGUCUUGUGCAACAUCAGAGAAAUCACACUGGAGAGAAGCCAUUUUCUUGUCCCGAAUGUGAGAAGUGUUUUAAUUACAAAUCAAGUCUUGUGCAACAUCAGAGAAUUCACACCGGAGAGAAGCCAUUUUCUUGUCCCGAAUGUGAGAAGUGUUUUAAUUACAAAUCAAGUCUUGUGCAACAUCAGAGAAUUCACACCGGAGAGAAGUCGCACCUAAAAAUACAUAUGGUCGUGUGCAUGAGCCCUAAUAGAGAUCUAUUAGGGUGAAUAGGAGACGGGAUCAAGAGAUCACAUGUACUAUGCCCCUGAGGGCCAUAUUUUAAUAAAAAUAAAAAAAGUGAAAUAAAAAGAAAUAAUAAUUAAAAAAAUCAAUAUAAGUUUAAAUUACCACUUUUUCCCAAUUUUAUAUAUAAAAAUAUAUUAACAAUAAAAAAUUUACAUAUUUUAUUAUUGCUGUGUGUUAAAAUGCUUGAACUUAAAAAAUAUAUAUAUUGUACGAUGAACG